CAAGUCUUGAGCGAGUUCGACUUGAAUCUUCAACGCCGAAACGGGGCACCUCCUCCUCUUCCUCGAGUUGCAUAGAAAUUGCCAACACUGGCGAGCCACGGAGCACGGAUACUGGGGCCACUCGUUGAUGAUUAGGAUUUCAAGAGGAGAUGCAGUAGUUGGUGGUUUGGAAAGCGGGCGGACGACAAAGCCCCACACAUCGACCUCUGGUGGCCCUCACCUUCCAAGCUUUUUCCUCGCAGCUUCCCCAUCGCGCUAUUUAACCAUCCUCGUUCUCGUUAGGGGGCUGCUCGCUCAUUCUCCCUUAAAUGCUCCGUGCUAGCUCCAGAUUCUGAAUCACGUACGGCUAUACUCUGCUUCUCUUUUUCCUAGAACUGUCUGAAGACGGAGGAGAUGGCAGCAAAGAGGCUUCGCCAGGACGCCGACCAAGACCCGGAAUCUUCCUCUGACGGCAAGCGAGUCCGUCGGCUCCCUUCGUUUUCCACAGUGAUCAGAGAGGCGAUGAUGGCUAAGUCUCUGCAGAACAUUUUCUUCGCUUUGGAGCCACUGCUUCGCAAAGUGGUGCAAGAAGAGGUGGAGAAAGGAGUUAUCCAUGGCCUGCGCUUGUUCCAAAGGUCUAACUCGAUGCACCUCGAAGCGGCGCCGGAGGCAUCAAGCUUGAAGCUGGUAUUCAAGACCCAACUCUCGCUGCCCAUAUUUACAGGCAGCAAGAUAGAGUGCCUGGAGAACAACCCGCUGGAGCUCGUCAUCGUUGACUCCGACACCGGAGAGCCUCUGGCCUCGCCGCUGCCGUGGCCGGUCAGAGUGGAAGUGGUGGUGUUGGAUGGAGACUUCCCGGGCGGGGACCAGUCGGAGUGGAGCAGCGCCGACUUCCAGAGGAAUAUCGUGAAGGAGAGGACGGGAAAGAGGCCACUGCUCACUGGGGAAGUUAAUGUCACCAUGAGAGACGCCUCGGCAGUCAUCUCCGAUCUUUCUUUCACUGACAACUCGAGCUGGAUUCGCAGCAGGCAGUUCAGGAUCGGCGCGAGAGUCGUCGCCGCCGCCGGGAGCCAAAACGAGCAGAGGAUUAAGGAAGCCAUGACGGUGCCCUUCGUGGUGAAGGAUCACAGAGGAGAAUUGUACAGGAAGCACUAUCCACCAGCUCUCGGCGACGAAGUGUGGCGACUGGAAAGGAUCGGAAAAGACGGAGCUUUCCACAGGAAACUCUCUGCUGCAAACAUCCACACCGUUCAAGAGUUCUUGAAGCUGUUGAUCGUCCAACCUCACUCACUCCGUGAUAUUCUGGGAGUUGGGAUGUCAGACAGGGUGUGGGAGGCCACAGUUGCCCAUGCCAAGACCUGCCCUGUGGGGGGAAAGCUUUAUGUGUACCAAGGAUCACAGUGCAGCCUUUUGUUGAACUGUAUAUGUGAACCAGUGGGGAUUGUCCAUGGCCAUACCACUCUAACAUUGCAGGAACUUAGCCAGGGUCAAAGGACCUACGUGCGUCAUCUGGCUAAAGAGGCAUAUCAAAACUGGGACAGAUUGGAAGAGGCCAAUGAUCUGUUUAACCAGAGGGUUCUUCCCCAAUAUGUGGAAAUGCAGCAGAGUGGAGUGGAAUCACUGGCUUGGUACUCAGUUGAUCAGGGGAUCGCAGUAGAUUACCCAUUUGAGGACUACGAAAUCGUUGACUCUGCACUCAGUGGCUUCGGCUGAAACAAAACAAAGAAAUCAAACAUUGGGCUCGGUUAAGAUCGAUGCUCCUGUUAAUGUACAUUAUUCAUGAUCAAGAUCAUGUAAUAUGUUAAAUUAGGUACGAAUUAGUCGCCCUGGUUGCUUAGUCUAUGAACUGCUAGAAGACUUAGCAAGGUGACAGGAGGCGCAUGCGUGUGUAUUCUUUUAUUUCUAACCUGUUUCUGCACUCUUAGUGUACUGUAAAAAGGUUCAGGUAGAUUGAUGUGCUUUGUAAAGACUUGGGCACAUGGUCUGUCUCCAUCUACACCCUCAUUUGUGUAUCCGUGUUGAUUAUCUCGAUAAUGUUCUCUUUCUGUCUGAUUCAUGGUUUCGUAUAAACUGUUGGAUUAUAUUUCACAA